AUGCCAAUGGCCCUGGCACUCACGACGACGUCAAGCGCUCCAGCGGUGACCGUCGCGACGGCCGUAGCGCUCAACAGCACCGUCGCGAGCUCGCUCCUCGUUGCGCCCACGAGUUCCAUCAGCCUCACGCCGGGCCCUUCCUCCGACCCGGUCGUUAGCAACGACUCCCCGGCCGACGACCCUGCACCCCUCGGAGCGGAUGCCAGCGCUGUGAGCGCAGCGAGCAGCUCGACCUCUGCCUCCGCCGUGAGCGGGUCGAGCUUGGCCACGCCUUCAACGCCAACUGGGCCCUCACGAUCACCCGUCUCUGCGCCUUCCCCGUCAUCACCAUCACAGCAAAGUGGCCAGAAGAUUGCUGCGCAGUCCUCAUCGAUCUCAGAACAAGGCCCGAAAGACCUUCUUCCGUCGUCAAACCCGGACGAUGGCCAAUGUUUCGGAGCCGCUGGCACUGGAACUAUCACGACGGCAUGCUGCGCUAGCCUCAAGGGCGCUCUCGCCAGUGGAGCCCAAUACUGCCUCUUCGAGGCUAAGAACGCCCAGACGUGGGAGAACUGCGUAAACACGGCCACCGAUGGGAACAAAGCCCAGCUCGCCGUUAAGUGCAGCGGGUCCAGACGGCAUCGUGCCGCCUGGGCUGUCAUUGCGCUCGGCGUGGGCGUUGCCCUCAUGGGCUCGGCGUAG